AUGCUUGUUGGAGAGCAAUCGCCGGCGCCGCGAGUGGUGGCCGGCUUGCGAAAACUACGCCCUGAACUUACUCCUGGACCCGUACCAACGCCUGCUGACCCCGAUUAUAGAAUAUCAGGUGUCCUCCGACAGUAUUACAAUGGCGAUGACGAGUCUUGGGCGUGGGUCCGAGCGGCAGUGCGCAGCGGAUGUCUGCUGGCCUGGCGUGACGGCACCCUGCCACGGCGACCCGCGGCCAGCCUGCCGUUGCGCCACUUGCAUCUGCGCGCUGCCGCGAAAUUGCCCAACGCGUUUCAGCUCUCGCGACUGCGCGAUGACGCAUCCGUCGCCACAUUUCAGGCUUGCAACGAGACUGAGUACGCCCGUUGGGUUCGAGCGCUUUGCGUGGAAAUACUUGGCCAGACGCCGCUUCCACAAGUCCGUUUUCUUGACGUGUUGCCAGCAGCGGACACCACUCGUGAACCAAAGAAAGAGGCACCACAGCAGGAGACGCCUUCGUGCCCCCCCAGACCGCCACCGAGAGCCCGACGGAGAUUGCUGACAACGGAGACACAGCUGCCGCGACGUGACCAUUCACCAGCAGCCACGGACGAGGGCAUCGUCGUAGAAGACGACGACUACGACUCAUCGUCCGACCGCAGCCUCGAUCUAUCUCUAUCCCUCGACGCUCUUAAAUCAAUUGACGUGAUCGACGCGCCGGUACGGAAAGCUAAGAUCAUCAAAUGUCACAACUGCAGCAAAAUCAGCGCGAGCCCUCAGCAACAUCAUACGUUGCCACGGGCGUCUAGGACGGGCGAGUCGGAGAAGAAACGUCAUCGAUAUCUAAAACGUUGGGAGGGCACCACUGGGGGUGCGGAGAGAGGUCGAUUUGCGUUAGAGGCGGCGAGGCGCAAGGCGGCCUCUUUGGAGAGUCGAGCGAGGUCAUGUUCCCCUAACGCGAAUGAGGUGAUCUCACAGUACGUUCCGGUUCGCGAGAGGCGCGCUCUUUUCGAGUCGCUAUCGCAGAGUGGGGGUAGUUUGGCGCGAAGCAGUGAGCAGCUAGCGAGGCCGGUUGUGGCGACUGCGACACCGAGACGUGCGGCUUCGAUGCACGAUCUCCAAGCCCCUCCGACGAGAUCGGUUAGCGAUUUGCGACAGUUCUUUGAAGCGGUCGCACGUGGCGCUAGUUCCUGUGGUGUGCAAAGGCACAGCGCCCCUCCAAACCCUUUACCCCGCGCUUUCGCGUCCCUCACAUGCGCAUAA